CUUCCCAAACUGCCAGUUCCCCCACUGAGAGACACCCUAACGAAAUAUUUGGACAGCAUCAGGGCAACUGUUACUGAUAAACAAUAUGAAAAAACGCAGGAGAUUGUGAAGGAAUUCGGCAGUCCGGGUGGUCUGGGGGAAUUCUUGCAGAAGAAACUUCUGGAACAUGCUGAGAUGCAGGAUAACUGGGUUUAUCAGUUCUGGCUUGAUGACAUGUACAUGAAAGUCAGACUAGCACUCCCCAUCAACUCCAAUCCAGGCAUGGUCUUUCCCAAACAAAAUUUCAACGAUCAGAAUGAACAACUGAGAUACGCGGCUAGGUUUAUAUCGGGAAUCUUAGACUACAAAGUCAUCAUCGACUCGCAUCUACUUCCGAUAGACAGGGCAAGGUCACGAGAAAAAGGCCAACCACUAUGCAUGGAACAGUAUUAUAGACUGUUCACGUCAUACAGGUAUCCAGGUGUGGGUAAGGAUUGUCUGGUGACGUCACAAGCUCAGCAGCAAGUCCACGAGAAUGAGCACAUAAUAGUUGUGUACCGUGGACAGCUUUUCGCGCUUGAUGUGGUUUGCAAUUCAAUUCGCCUGAGUGAUGACAACAUCUACAGUCAGCUGAAAAGAUGCGUCAGAAUGGCCCAAGAGGAAAUAGAUAAUCAUCUACGUAACUACGGUAACAAACCACUUCCGGUUGGCAUAAUGACGUCAGCGAGUAGGGAUGUGUGGGCUGCUGUGAGGAGGACUAUGGCGGAGAAUCCAACGAACCAAUCGUACAUGGCUGAAAUUGAAAGCUGCAUGUUCGUCGUCUGCCUCGAUGAUAAGAGUGACGUGAGCAUGGCGAAUCAGAUGAUACACGGAUUAGGCAGUCAGUUUAACAGCGUCAAUAGGUGGUUUGAGAAAACUAUGCAGUUUAUAAUAGCAGAGGAUGGUGCGUGUGGUCUGUGCUACGAACAUUCAGCAGCUGAAGGCAUUGCCGUAGUACAACUAAUAGAACAUUUGCUUGCUUAUAUGUUUCUACAACGCCGGAAGUUGACCCGGAUGCAGUCCAUGUGUGACCUCGUUCCACCACGUCAUCUCAAAUGGGAAAUUUCCAAUGACGUCAUGGAGAAGAUAAAAAUAGCAGCCAAUGAACUCGAUAGGUUUUUAUCUAUAAAUAACUUGGACCUCUACGUACUCAGGUACGAAGGGUACGGUAAGGAGUUCCCCAAAAGUCAAAACAUGAGCCCUGACGCCUACAUCCAGAUUGCCCUCCAGCUGGCCCACUACAAAAUCCACCAAAAACUCGUCUCAACGUAUGAGAGUGCUUCGAUACGUAGGUACAGAGAGGGUCGGGUAGACAACAUCAGGGCGUGUUCGGUGGAGGCGUUGCGCUGGUGCGAAGCCAUGGUGCAUGGGGAUAAAAUCGAUGCAGGUACGAAAAUAUCAUUAUUACGAAAUGCCGUCAAGAAACAAACAGAUAUCAUGGUCCAGGCGAUAUUAGGAUACGGCAUAGACAAUCACAUGUUGGGAUUGCGACAGAUAGCAGAAGAUACGAACAUCCCUACUCCAAAGAUCUUUGCUGACGUCACGUACAAGCAGUCCAAUCAUUUUGCUCUAUCCACCAGUCAAGUAGUACCGACCACGAUGGACGCGUUCAUGUGCUACGGCCCUGUGGUGCCCGACGGCUAUGGGGCCUGCUACAACCCCCACACCUCCUCCAUACUCGUCUGCCUCUCAUCAUUCAGAGAAUCCUCCACCACUGAUUCUAGAACAUUCGCCAUGGCGCUUGCUCAGACGUUCGACGAGAUGAAGCAACUCUGUCUGGCUGCCUCCUCAUCAGUGACGUCAUCGUCCUCGCUGGUGUCUGCAGCCAAUCAAAAAUGA